AUGGGGAUUUCUCCCUUACCCUUGCAACUAGAAAAAAUCUCUCAGGAUUAUGUUCACCAAGGUUGUAAAUGCACAAAUCCAAGUUCUGCAAUACAAAGUGAAAAACCAACUCAUCACGUUCACAAGAUUGUUUUGCUGCUGGAGAACCAGGGGCUUUCUGUGAUUUUUUUCAAACUCAUUUCCUCUGCUCCAAAUGAACCCCCAUCAAGCCAUAUUGACAUUCUCACUCUGCUGGAGACUGGUAAAUGUUAUCUGGAGAACUGUUCUGUUUCAUUUCCUAAUUUUAAUUGCUCCAGGCCAUUCCUCCAGCACUUCAAUGGGUUUUGGAGCAGGAGGUUUGCAGGCACUGCAGCUCCUGCUGUGGAGGGAGAGCAGGAUGGAGCUGGCCAUGGGCUGGAGCGGGCAGGACUCAGGUGCUGGCCAUGGCCAGGUGGAAGAGAAGCAGCAGAAAAGGAGGAGCUUGUGGAUCUCUUCAUGUGGAGAGGCAGGGCUCUGUUUUUCAAAGCUGGAGGCAGUUUUGUGCCACUGAAGAGCAUGGAAAGAGCUCCUGAGGCCUUCAUGUCACACAAGAACUCAGAACAGCUUGAAUUUGACAGAUCAGAUUUGUGUGAAGCCAUAAAAGAGAAGAAUCCUCAUCCUCUCCUGCCUUCAGCUUCACCCCGUGUGGACAUUACAUUUAUUUGUGUGCUGUGUGUCCUGGGGCACACCAAAGGCUCCAGUUCUCCAGUAUUUUAUCCCUAAUGGUGGCCAAUAAUUGGUGCCAAGGAAAUAAAUAAAGGGGAAAAACCCAAUAACAGGAUUUCACAACUGCCACUUCCCAGAGGAAAUUCUUGGAAACUGGCAAGGAAGAAUAUCACAACUUUCUCUGGCAGAAAUUGUGAGAUGUCCAUUUAAGUCCACAGAGCUAAAGCAGGCUUUUUGCCUCAGUUGCAGAACUGCUCCAGUUAAUCCAUUUUGCUCACACUGAGUUUUGCCAUCACACUGAAAUGCUGCUGGAAGAAAAGAAGAUGAUCAACAGCAAAUCUCUCCUGCUGCAAUCCAGUCCUGUCCACUCUGCCUGGC